AUGCGUAAUCUAAUUACACUCAAUAAGGGUAAACUACACCCCUUGGCAUCUACUGUACCAGAGGAAGAAGCUAGUUCGUUUAAAUUAGUUGAUUCUACAUUUGAUGUCAUUACCGAUAGUAUAACUGUGGUUCUUUUUGAUGAUCAUUCUCAAAUAUAUGAGAUACAACAAUAUAUGAAAGAUGGUACUAAGCUCAUCUUAGCUACAUUUAGUGCAACAAACCUGGAUGAUACGCUUUUAUCCUUUGCACAUUUCCCAGAUCUAAACCAACUUAUCUUUGUUUUUAAACUUGGUGACAUUUUGACUGCUACUUAUGACUCAGUUAAUUAUAAUUAUCAGGAUACAGUUAUUGAAAUUGUAGGCUCCAUAGAUGAUGGAAUUGCAGCUGCAAGUUGGUCAUAUGAUGAAGAAACCCUAGUAUUAGUUACUAAUGCCAAUAAUGUUGUUUUAUUGAGUAAAAAUUUUGACCCUAUUAAUGAAUAUCACAUGGAAUUAGACGAUCUAAAGAUGUCUAAACAUGUCACCGUUGGUUGGGGUAAAAAAGAAACUCAAUUUAGAGGUACAGGUGCCAAAGCCAUGGAAAGAGAAGCCUUCGCAAGUUUGAAGGCUUCUGGCCUUGUUGGUUCGGAAUUAAGAGAUCCAACUAUGCCAUAUAUGGUCGAUACAGGUAAGAUAACCGAAUUAGAUAAUAAAAACGCAUAUAUAUCUUGGAGAGGGGAUUGUGAGUAUUUUGUUGUUUCUACAGUUGAUGCUGCUGUCUCAGAGGAAACCGAUCAAUCCGUCGAAAGAAGAGUUCUUCGAGUAUUCACCCGUGAAGGUGAAUUGGAUAGUGCUUCCGAACCAGUAGAUGGCAUGGAACGUCAUACUAGUUGGAAGCCACAAGGUUCUUUAAUAGCAUCUAUUCAACGCCGUAUGCAUUCAGCUGAUGAUAACUCACUAGACUUAAUAUUCUUCGAAAGAAAUGGUCUAAGGCAUGGCGAAUUUGAUACCAGAUUACCAUUGAAUGAGCAAGUUAACUCCUUGACUUGGAAUAAUACUUCAGAUAUAUUAACCAUUGUUUUGCAAGAUAGAAUCCAGUUAUGGACCACCAAGAAUUAUCAUUGGUACUUAAAACAGGAAAUCUAUAGUGAGAAUAUUAACUUCGCAAAAUGGCAUCCAGAAAAGGAUUUCACAUUAUUAUUCGGUAAUGAGAAUGAAGUUAAUAUUCUAGAUUUCGCCUACAAAACAACAGUGGGCCCAACUUUAGAACCAUUUGAUAAUGGUACUACCUUGGUAAUUGAUUGUACUACUGUCAACAUAACUCCUUUAGCAAUGGCUAACGUUCCACCUCCGAUUUAUUUUAGGGACUUUGAGACUCCCGAAAACGUAAUUGAUGUUGCUACAAGCUUAUCUAAUGAAAUUUAUGCUGCUAUUAAUAGGAACGCAUUAGUAUUGGCUUCUGUCGUAAGUAUGGGGGAUAUGAAAAAAGGCCAACAUCCUCAAACCAGAUGUAUUUUACCAAAAACUGACUUUGCUAGUGAAUUUGACACCCUUCGUCAAGUUGCUUUUGUAAAAGAUUCCGUUGUUGCUAUAUUAUUGGAUUCAGACAAUCUUUCAAGGAUCGUACUAAUUAAUGUUGAAAAUAUUGACUCACCUACUGUUAUGAAUGUUGUUGAAACAUUUGAUAAGAUUAUUCUUUUAAAAACCUCUUUCGAUUAUAAUUUUUUUGUUUACGAAACUAGAGAUGGCUCUAUUAUGCAAUUAGAUUUAGAAGGUCAAUUCACGCCAAUUACAAAAUUCCCACAAUUAGUUCGUGAUUUCAGGGUUAUUAGAGUCGAUAACCAACAUUCUACUCUUGAAUAUGAGGAUGACGUAUUGAAUAAAUGGAAUUCCCAACAUCCAGAAUUGGUUGCAUUUGGUAUUACAAAUACAGGUAAACUGUUUGCUAAUGAUGUUCAAUUAACUAAUGCAGUUACUUCUCUAGAAGUAACAAACUCAUUUUUAUUAUUCACAACUGUCCAAAAUAAUUUACAAUUUGUUCAUUUGAACUCUACUCAAUUCAAACCCUUGCCUAUCGUAGAAGAAGGUGUAAUCGAUGAGAGAGUUCGUGCCAUUGAAAGGGGCUCUAUUUUGGUUAAUUCGAUGCCAACUAAAGGUGCAGUGGUUUUACAAGCUCCACGUGGUAACUUAGAAACAAUUUGUCCAAGAAUUAUGGUUUUAGCAAGUGUUCGUAAAAGCAUUAAAGAAAAAAACUACAAAGUUGCUUUCACAGCAUGUCGUACACAUAGAAUUCAUCUUGACAUUCUGCAUGAUUAUGACCCUGAAUUGUUUUAUGAAAAUUUGAAAUUAUUCAUUGAUCAAAUUGAGAAAGUUUCUUAUUUGGAUUUAUUUAUAUCAUGCCUAGUUGAUGAAGAUGUCUCUAAAACGAAAUACAAAGAAACUUUAAACAUUGAUAUAAGCGAACCUUAUGAAAUGGAGGCAGCAGAAUUGACCGAAAUGCAACUAUAUUUAAAAAAGAAGUUUUAUGAUCCUUCAAAAUCAAAAAUCAAUAAAAUCUGUAAAGCUAUUUUAAAAGUUCUAUUAAAUGAUUCUCACUAUAAAAAAAAAUAUAUCCAAUCUAUUAUUACAGCAUACUCGUCUCAAAAGCCAUCAAACGUUGAGGGUGCUUUAUCAUUAAUUACAGCAUUAAAUGAUAAGGAAGAAAAGGAGUCAUGCUUGACUUAUCUAUGCUUCUUACAAGAUAUUAAUGUUCUUUAUAAAGAAGCAUUAGCCUUGUAUGAUGUUAAACUGUCCUUGGCUGUUGCUCAGAAAUCUCAAAUGGAUCCUCGUGAAUAUUUACCUUUCCUACAAAAUUUGUUCGACAAUGAACCUUUACGUCGUAGAUUUUUGAUUGAUGAUUACUUGAAGAACUAUGAAAAAGCUUUGGAGGCGUUAGUUGAAUCAUCAAAAGACGAAACAAAUGUCAAUCAAGAAAUUCAAGAAUAUGUUGAUACUCAUUGUUUAUAUAAGAAUGCUCUGGAUAUAUACCGUCAUGAUACUUCCAAACAAAAUGUGAUUUAUAGAAGUUUUGCUAGACACCUUUCUUCUAAACAAGAGUAUUCUGAAGCUGCAAUGAUUUUCGAAAUGCUUGGGCAAUACAAGGAGGCAAUGGAAGCUUACAUAUUCAGCAAGAGAUGGCAGGAGGCCUUAAGCAUUGCUACAGAUAAAUUUCCAGAUCAAAUUAUAUCCGUUGCCGAUGAUUUAGUGUCUACUUUGACAUUUGAACACAAGUAUGUUGAUGCCGCCGAAAUAUAUUUGAAAUUUCUUGAUAAUAUCGAAGAAGCUAUUUCUUGCUAUUGUAGGUCUUAUAACUAUGCCACAGCCUGUCUAACUGCAUCUUCUAAUAAAAUGCCUGAUUUAAUUGAAAAGAUUAUUGACCCUGGACUGGGAGAAGGCUACGGUACAGUUGCUGAAUUGCUCGCAGAUUGUAAAGGUCAGAUCAAUUCUCAACUAAGAAGAUUAAAAGAAUUAAGAACAAAAAAAGAAGAGGAUCCAUAUGCAUUUUAUGGUCAAGAAACGGAACAAGCAGACGAUGUAUCUAUUGCUCCAUCUGAAACGUCAACAAAAGAUUCAUUUUUUACGAGAUAUACUGGGAAAACUGGUGGUACAGCCAAAACAGGUGUUUCGAGACGUACUUCAAAAAAUAAGCGCCGUGAAGAGCGUAAGAGGGCUCGUGGGAAGAAAGGUACGAUUUAUGAAGAGGAGUAUUUGGUAAAAUCAAUUGGUAGAUUAAUUGAAAGAUUAGACCAGACCAGACCAGAUGCUGCUAAAUUAAUAGAUGGUCUUUGCAGAAGAAACAAAAGAGAACAAGCUUAUCAAAUCCAAAAAACAUUUAUUGAAGUUUUAGAUCUAUUAAAGGAUAAUGUAGAAGAAAUAUAUACUAUAAGUGAAAAAGAUAGAGAAAGAAUUAAUGAAAACGGAGAAAUUUACUACAUACCUGAAAUCCCUGUGCCAGAAAUUAAGGAUUUCGAAAAGAAUAAAAUCGUGGAUUAUUAA